AUGCAAGACGACCCCGAUGCGAAGGGCACUAGCACUCCGGCGACGUACACCCGUUCAUCGUCACGAGCCGCCCUCCAUUCGCAGGACCCGCAGGAAGGCGCCACCGUUCAGGAGCUGCCCCCAAUAGAUCGUGGAAUCAAAGCAUGGACGUUUUGUUUCUCGGCCUUCGUAUUGGAGAUGAUGGUGUGGGGAUUCAGCUUCAGUUACGGUAUCUUCCAGGACUACUAUACGUCGCACCCGCCAUUUGAGAACUCAUCGAGCAUUGCCAUCGCUGCAGUGGGCACGGUUGCGCUCGCUCUUCAGUAUGGAGAGUCGAUAUUCCUGUCUUUUGUGUACGGUCGCUACCCCGACUUCAUGCGUACAGGCAUGUGGGCAGGCUUGCUACUCUACUUUAUCUCGCUAUUUUGCUCCAGCUUUGCGACAGAGGUCUGGCAAUUGAUUCUCCUGCAGGGCGUUGGUGUCGGCAUCGGAGGCGGACUUCUGUACAUGCCUGUGAUCCAGCUCAUCCCAGAGUGGUUCUCGGAACGACGCGGGCUUGCGGGAGGUAUUAUCUUCGCAGGAACCGGUCUUGGAGGUUUCGUAUUCCCCUUCGUCCUGAACGUUCUUCUGGACAAGGUCGGUCUGGGCUGGACUUUGCGCAUCUGGGCAAUCAGCACGUCGCUCUUCUCCGGGAUCGCUCUACUUGGCAUGCGCAAUCGACUCCCCGUCCCCAAAUUCACCGCUCUUAACCGGCGGCCUCGCUUCAUCCCCCCUCACAUCGGUUUUGUCAGGAACCCGUUAUUCUGGACUUUUGCGAUCACGAACAUGCUGCAAGGGCUGUCGUACUUCCCUGUAUCGCUAUACAUCGCCACCUUCACCCGAAACGUCGCCAACCAGCUGACGGCGACCAUCGUUCUGGCCCUGUUCAACUCGUCGGCCGUCGUGGGUCAGAUCAUCAUGGGCCACCUCUCUGACCGCUUCCCAUAUCCUUCAAUCAUGGUCUUCAGCGCGGUGGGCAGCGCGCUCUCGGCGUUCUUCCUCUGGGGCUUCGCCGACGCAGCGAUCUUCCUAUACUUCUUCGCAGUCAUCUUCGGCGGCCUCAGUGGAGGUUUCUCGUCUACCUGGCCGAAUGCGGCGGUCGAGUCUGUCGGGGGCCAGGUCGAAUACGCCGGCAUGUCCUUCGCGGGCACCGCGUUCUUCAAGGGCAUCUCGGCGGUCAUCGGACCAGUCAUAUCAGGUCUUCUGCUUCAGAGCGGGAACGGCGCGUCUCUGGGAGGCGGGUUCGGCAAGUUUGGGUAUGGCGCGGUCGAGAUCUUCGUCGGGUCCUGUGCUCUCGCGACUGGGGCGGGGAGUGUCGCGGUCGCGUUCGCGCGUCGGCGGGUGCAGCCUUGAUCUUCCG